CUUUUUGCUUUUCUUAUAAUUUUGCUGUUUGCAUUGGGAAAUACACACACAACGACGUUUCUUCAUCUUGCAAAAAGAGUCAAGAUGGGAGCAGGUUCAUCAAAGCAUAAGAUUACUUCACAGGAUAGGGCCAUUUUAGACCUAAAAGUGCAGCGUGAUAAACUGAAAAGAUACCAAAAGAAGCUUAAUGUCGUGAUUGAGAGGGAAGUGCAAGCGGCAAAGCAGGCUUUAGCGCAAGGAAACAAAUCAAAGGCGCUGUUAGCUUUAAAAAAGAAGAAAUACCAAGUACAACUGCUAGAGAAAACUGAUCAACAAUUGUUAAACUUGGAAGACUUGACACAAUCUAUAGAAUAUGCCUUAGUAGAGAAACAAGUAUUGGAAGGGUUAAAGAACGGCAACCAAGUCUUAAAUGAGAUUCAUAAAGAAACCUCAAUUGAGGCAGUUGAAAAAUUAUUGGAUGAUACAGCAGAUGCCAUUGCUUAUCAAAAUGAAAUUGACGAAAUGCUAAGUGGUGUUAUAAGUGCGGAGGCGGAGGAAGAGAUUUUGGAAGAAUUGGAUAAACUCAGAGAGGAAGAGUUGAAUGCAGAGCUGCCUUCUGUACCUGACAAUAAGUUACCUGUCAAACCUAUUGAAGACAAAUUGCCAAAUGUGCCUACACAUAUACCUUCCUCUGCGGCAGAAGAAGAUCAGUUAGAAAACAGACAAGCCGUGAAAUCCAGCAAACAAAAACAGGCUAUGCUGGCUUAGACCUGCAAUUUAAGCCAGGUCGAAAAUGAGGGGUGGGGAAUAAAUGAAAACCCGCCCUGGAAUGAGUCCGAGAGCUGAUACUGCCAAGUGAAUGGAUAAACGAUUACAGAGGCUGUCAAAAUUUUUUUUGCUCCCCUAUAAAUAAAAUGGUAUAGUUGAUAUUUAA